AUGGUUCAAUCCUCCAUUCUCGGUUUCCCUCGCAUGGGUGCCAACCGUGAACUCAAGAAAGCGACCGAAGCCUACUGGGGUGACAAGCUCUCACAGGAAGAUCUCCUCAAGGAGGGCAAGAGACUGAGAUCUGAACACUGGAAGAUCCAGAAAGACGCUGGCAUUGAUAUCAUCCCCAGCAAUGACUUUGCCUUCUACGACCAGGUUCUGGACCACAUUCAGCUGUUCGGUGUCAUCCCCGAGCGCUACUCGAAGUACAACCUUUCUCCUAUUGACGAGUACUUCGCCAUGGGACGUGGUCUACAGAGACCGGCCACCGACAAUGCUCCUGCCGUUGAUGUACCCGCUCUGGAAAUGGUGAAAUGGUUCGAUUCAAACUACCACUACGUCAAGCCUACCCUCCAGGAUAACCAGACCUUCAAGCUAGCUUCCAAGCCCAAGCCUGUCAGUGAGUUCCUAGAGGCCAAGGAGGCUGGUAUCACCACCCGCCCUGUCCUUCUCGGCCCAGUCUCUUUCCUCCACCUGGGAAAGGCGGACCGCGGACAGUCCAUUGAGCCCAUCUCUACUCUGGACAAGCUGCUGCCUCUCUAUGUUGAUUUGCUCAAGCAGCUCAAAGAGGCGGGUGCCGAGACUGUACAGAUUGAUGAGCCCAUCCUAGUCUACGAUCUCCAGCCCAAUGUCAAGGAGGCUUUCAAGCCUGCCUAUGAGGCUCUGACCGCAACCGGUCUUCCAAAGUUGGUUGUUGCCACUUACUUUGGCGACGUCGUCCACAACUUGGACGCGGUGGCUCACCUCAAGAACGCCUAUGCCCUGCACGUCGAUCUCGUCCGCAACCCUGAACAGCUCGAGUCUGUCCUAGGUGCCAUCGGCUCUCAGCAGGUUUUGUCCGCCGGCGUGGUUGACGGCCGGAACAUCUGGAAGACCAACAUGAAGCGAGCUAUUGAGAUUGUCGAGGCUGCUGUGCAGAAGCUUGGCAAGGAUCGUGUCAUUGUUGCCAGCUCUAGCUCUCUACUCCACACUCCUCACACUCUUGCUUCCGAGAAGAAGCUCGACAAGGAGGUCGCCGAUUGGUUCUCUUUUGCCACCGAGAAGGCUACUGAGAUCGCUAUCAUCGCUAAGGCCGUGAGCGAGGGCCCCGCUACCGUCCGGGAGGCUCUCGAGGCCAAUGCUGCCUCGAUGCAAGCUCGCGCCUCUUCUAGCCGUACCAACAACAAGGCCGUCCAAGACCGCCAGCGCCAGGUUACCGAAGAGAUGCACAGCCGGAAGAGUCCCUUCCCUACGCGCAUUGCUCAACAGUCGGAGCGACUCAACCUUCCCCUCUUCCCCACUACCACCAUCGGCUCCUUCCCUCAGACUAAGGAGAUCCGAAUCCAGCGCAACAAGUUCACCAAGGGUGAGAUCACUGCUGAGCAGUACGAGAAGUUCAUCGAAAAGGAAAUUCAAGACGUCAUCUCCAUCCAAGAGGAGCUUGGUCUCGAUGUCUAUGUCCACGGCGAGCCCGAGCGCAACGACAUGGUGCAGUACUUCGGUGAGCGCCUAGACGGCUAUGCGUUCACUACCAACGGCUGGGUCCAAUCUUAUGGCUCCCGCUGUGUCCGACCCCCCAUCGUGGUUGGUGACGUCUCCCGCCCUGCUCCGAUGACUGUCAAGGAGUCUAAGUACGCCGCAUCCAUCUCCAAGAAGCCCAUGAAGGGUAUGCUUACUGGCCCCAUCACCUGCCUGCGGUGGUCGUUCCCUCGUGACGAUGUCCACCAGUCGGUCCAAGCUCAGCAACUUGCCCUUGCUCUCCGAGACGAAGUAGUCGACCUCGAGAAGGCCGGUGUUUUUGUCAUCCAGGUCGACGAGCCCGCCCUGCGUGAGGGUCUGCCUCUCCGUGUCGGCAAGGAGCGCACCGACUACCUCAAGUGGGCUGUCGACUCUUUCCGUCUCAGCACUGCUGGUGUUGAGGAUGGCACUCAGAUCCAUUCCCACUUCUGCUACUCUGAGUUCCAGGAUUUCUUCUAUGCCAUCGCUGCUCUCGAUGCCGACGUUCUCUCCAUUGAGAACAGCAAGAGUGACGCCAAGCUGCUGAAGGUCUUUGUGGAUGAGGCUUAUCCUCGUCACAUCGGCCCUGGCGUGUAUGACAUCCACUCUCCUCGUGUGCCCAGCCAGCAGGAAAUUGAAGACCGCAUCCAGGAGAUGCUGCAGUACCUCAAGCCCGAGCAACUGUGGAUCGAUCCCGACUGCGGUCUCAAAACCCGCCAGUGGAAGGAGACCAAGGCCGCCCUGACCAACAUGGUCAACGCGGCCAAAACCUUCCGUGGCAAGUACCAGAAGUGA